AUGACGACGACUCCCAGUAACAACCUUGUGGACGCUGCGGAUUUGGAGAUGAUGGAAGCUCUCGAACACGGAGAACCCCCCAGUGACGAGGAAGAGGAGAUUGACUUGACAAUGCCAACCAUCACCGAGGGUGAAGCGCAUCCAUCCAUGGCACGCAUCAGCUCGAGUGGCUACAGCAGCAGCUCAGACCACCAUAACGACAACGAGGGGGCUGAGAUCGACUUGACAAUGGCAACAUCCAUUGAGGGUGAGGAACAUCCACCCAAGGGACGCCGGUUAACAUGGCAUCAGCAUCAACUCCAGUCGGUGGGUAUGGGCAUGUCAGACCUGGAUUAUGAUGAAGACUGUGACCUCGUCGAGGGCAAGAUUGGGACCAAACCCAAAGUGCACCUUGGAACUGUUCAAGGUCGUACCGGUACUGGUGAUGGUGAUGAUGAUGACAGCUGCAGCCGUGAUAGCGUCUUGUCGGCAGAAGCAAGAGAACGAGCCAUCCGUAGAGGAUGCUUCAGCGGGAUGAUUUGGGAACAAAUCUACAGCUACAUGGGAAUGAUCAUAUAUUUUUUCUGUGACAUUAUUGCUGCAUUGUGCAAACGCAUUCACAAGAAAAUAUUCAAGAACAACUCAUCCAACGACGAUGAUGCCAACAGCUUGGAUGUUGUAGAUCUUGCUACUGACCUUGUUGAUGCGGAUGAUAUCCGCGGCAUGAGCCGACAGUUUUCCAGCAAUGCCUUUCAAGGUGGUGGCUACUCUGCCAAUGCGGGCGCUGCAACGAGUACUUCGGCAGCCCAGUCGGCUGCAACGGCUGGUCACAUGGCCACUGUCGCAGCCCAAAGUGCUGCCACUGCCACUGCUUCUGCAACCACCGCUGUAGCGGCAUCAUCCACCUUUGCCUCUACUUUGGUAGGAGCUGUGGCUUCCAUGGGAGUAGCCUCGCAAGUAGGUGCUGCUGUGGGAGCGGCAGCGGUUACGGUUGCUGCCGUGUCCACUGGGGUGAGCAUCAGUCAAGAAGCAGUGGGCCCUACCCCAGUGCCACUGGCUUUUGUUCUUAAUGACCCGUUCAUCCCACCAGUCUGCUCCCAAGAUGUUGAUAUCAAGCAAGGCUAUGUUGAACUGCAGAUCCAGUCACUUCCAAAAGCAGCGUUGCCCCAGUACCAGGUGGCAAUGGAGAGAAUGUUCCGAACUGUCUACAACAACAUCUCUGGUCAGUGCCUGGAUCCUCUACAGAGAAUUGUCCACAAUGCCUCACUGGAGCGUUGGGAGGAGAUUGAGACAGCAAACCAAGCUAGCAUUACCACAUUGUAUUGGUCUGCUACUGUUGCUUGUAGUGGUUGUCCUGAUUGGGAGCCCCUUUUUGACCUAUCCACAAUUCUUGCCUUGGAACUAGACCAAGUUGCUGUAGAUUCCAUGAGCUCUUCCAAUGCCACAAACAUGACCAUUGGAGGUGCUGAUAACAACCUCACACAGUCAGUAGGGCCAUCAAGAGCUAGCUCCAGAUCUGCAUACCUGGGUGGGCGCAAUCUACAAGAAGCUCCCACUUUAAAUGAGUUCUUUGCCAUCUUUGCAACCACCUUUGGAUACAACUUGGGCCCCUUGCUGGAGGGCGCCAGCAAUGGUGCCAAUGAAACUGAGGCCAAAACCACUGAACCACCAAAGGUUGUCUUUGCCACAACCAAGGCAGUGCCAGUCUUUGAUAGAUAUGGCAGCAGUGGUCCCAAUAAUCAGACCUCUGUGGUUGCCUCAGUUGGUGAAGAAGCAUUGCAGCAAUUUGAUGACUAUGUUAAUGCCAACGGAGGAGAGGUCAAGACGCCCUUUAUCUCUGAUGACCUCUCUUUACUGGCAGACUGCAUCUUAGAGGAUCCCGAAACUGAGGAAGCCUCGCCAACCUGCGAUCAAGUUAAAGCAGUUUUGGCCAGCUCAGAGCGCAACAUGGAUGCUGCCGCUCUGGUAGAUUGCAUUGAAGAACCAACUAGCACAUUGGAGUGUCAAGAGGUUUUGGCUGAUGUCUUAAAUGGACCAUCAUCUUCAUUGUUAGCUGGAGGUUCAUCUGAUAGCUCGGCUGAUUUGGACUCCCUCCAGACGGCAGCUACAUCAGAUAACAGUGCUGAUAAUAUCAGCAAUGGCAAUGUGGAGGCGCCCUCAAUUUCAGCCCCCCACUCACAGCAAAGUGAUGAGUUUCCUUUCGACGAACCACAUGGCCGUUUGGACAAUCAUGCGCCGACCUUGUCCCCUGCAAUGAUGUCAGAACUACAAAAUGAUCAGGAUGCACAGUCUGUUUCUAUGUUCGGGGAAGAACCGAUUCCUUCACAAGUCUUGACUGCUGAGCCAGCUCCUGUGACUGAUUUCACUACACCACACGUGGAUUACUUCCCUCAAGCCCCUUCUAGUGCAGCACCAGCCACAAUGGGAUAUAGUGUCGCCUCACAGAUCCCUACCACAGCGAAGCCUGGAAAUGCUGGCGAUAUGCCUUCACCCACUUCUGGAGAAUCUCCAGUUGUGGGAUCUAGUAUUGGUUCUAGUGGUGUGUUGGGUGAGGGGCCAAGCAGCAACUCAGAAACAGGAAGUACAGCUGCAGCUGUUGCCUCUCCGACAUCUAUCUCUCCACCUGCCGAUUUGUCUAACCAGCCAGUAUCUGAGAAUGAUGCAAUGCUAGGAAUGGACCCAGCUCUUGCCGUCUUGGGAUUAUCCACUUCCCCAUCAUUAAUAGUCUCCAGCGCUGGAUCAAGCAGUCCCAUCAUCAUGCCAUCCUCAACUGCCUAUCAGAACAGCCCAAGCAUUGAGCCUCUCUCUUUGCACCCCUCAAUUGAUGCCUCACUUUCACCACAAACUGUUCAUGAGCUUAAUGCAUUCACAAACAACGCAAACAACUAUUUUGCUAUACCAAAAAGACAAGGAGUGACUUCAGCUCCCACGGUGAACACAGGAAUUUCAUCCUACACAGCCUUAGAACUGAACAAGUUUACAACAAAGGAAGGUGGUGUAAUGGAGACACCGCGUGCCAACAAUGUAGAUGCACCACCAAAAGCAGCUCCUGGUACUAGUCCCACUGCCCUGGUUGCAACAGCAAAGGUUUCAAUCCUGCUGCCUACCACUCCUCCACAAACUAAUGAAAACCCCACGCUUGACCCUACCUUGGAACCCACCUUGGAACCUACCAACGAGCCAACCACUGCAAGCCCCACAGUUGUACCGGGUUCACCGAGUGCCAAUCCCACAACUGGUACACCCACCAGUUUGGAGCCCACGACGGGUCGCCCAACAACCGUGUCAACUACUAUAAUCCCAACUGUUCUGGAUGGAAAGUCCAGCAGCAGUCCUACAACUCUACCGCCUACGACAGGAAAACCAACUACAGCCGCUCCUGUAACAACCAGUACUCCUAGCAACACACCAUCAAGCACUCCCACAGAGUUGCCAACCAUCUUCCCCACAAGGAAUCCAACAGGGACCCCAACCCAAAUACCUACAGUUUCUCCAGGUUUCCCUAGUGCUGCUCCAACUACAGAAAACCCCACCAACAGUCCUUCUGAAAUACCCACAGAACAACCAACUAGCUUCCCCACUAGGCUCCCUACAUACAGCCCAACCAGUCAACCCACAAGAGAUCCUUCAAACUCUCCAACUAUCAGUUGCAGUGAAUCGUUCUUUGAGGUAGAGGCAACCUAUUAUGUGACAUUUGAUGAGAACCCCAACACACGCUCAGAUGCCGACCUUGGACAAGAUUUCUACAACGCAUACUCCGCCCUGGGAAAGACUGGUUGUGAUCCCAUCAUGUCUCAAGCCAUUGUGACAAGAAGAGUUGCCCGUCGCCAUCUUUCAGUCGAUACUGACUCUCCCAGGAUUGUGGAAAGACACCUGCAGUUGGGGGUGCAGGUUGAGUUUUUGGUCAAGUCAAGGCAAACAAAGUUUGACUCAAUCGUAACAGAAGAGAAUGAUAUUGCACAAUUUCUUCAGGAAUUUACAGCAGGGAUGGGGGGCAGCACUUCUACCGCUAUAAGGUUCAGUACCACACUUGUCACGAGGUCACCAACUCGUCCUCCCUCCACCCAGCCAACACAUCAUCCCACCAAAGCUCCCACCAGCCAACCAACAAAUAGGUCAACACCCCUGCCAACGAUUACGCCAGGUGCCCCAAGUGAAACCCCAACCACUGGAACUCCCACCGGUGCACCAACUGAUCAACCCUCUGGACUACCAACUGCUCAGCCUACUAUUGGUCCAACCACAAAAUCACCAACUGAACCUCCAAGUGAACAACCAACAAGGCAACCGACAGAGCGGCCAACAUAUUCACCCACAAAUCAACCUUCGAAGUUUCCAACAAAACAACCAACCACUGCCCCCACUGACCUUCCAACUAUACUGCCACUUUUAUCCCAACUGUCUCCCCUGGUGCACCCAGUGCGUCUCCAACGAACCGCAAGCCCCACAACAGUAUCUCCAAGUUUUGUACCAUCGGAUUCUCCAACCAGAAUCCCAACAAGUCAGCCGAGCAGUCAGCCCACCACCCCACCACCUAUCCAUCCCUCGGGGCCUCCCACAACUCAUCCAACCAACCACCCAACAGAAAUCCCUACUGUGUCUCCUACUCCCAUCCCUACAGGCUCCAUUGGCUCUCCCAGUGCUCUACCAACAACAGGAAGUCCAACAUCAGGGACCCCCACAAGAACACCAAGUUAUCCACCUACGGGCCUCCCCACUGGGCCCCCUACAAAGAGCCCAACUGGUCAGCCUACCAGCGUUCCCACAAAUCAGCCAACCAUGUUACCAACGAGGCAACCAACCACAGCAGUGCCCACUGCUUCUCCUGGCUCUCCGAGUGUUAGCCCAACUAGACCUAGUACCUACACAGACACCCGUCAAAGAG